AUGAAGACCGCAACUUUCACCACCCUCGUUUCUGUCCUUUCCAGCUCCGUCUCUGCCUUGGGCAUCAACUGUCGAGGCUCCGGUCUCUGUCCCUCCGACGGCGCCGCAGGCAACCUCAUCAAUCUCAAGGCCAUCGUGGACGGUAUUUCGGACCGCAACCGCCACUACAACACCGGCCAACAGAUUGCCUGCACGGGCUCUCUUUGCACCUAUUUUCAAAAUGGCGCAUCCGGCACCGCCAGUGACGCCUCGGAACUUCUACAGCAGCUCCGAGAUCAUGGUUGCAAGAAAUGCGGCUCUGCUCCUACCCAGCCCGGCAAUGACGUCUCCAAAGGCGAGCUGACGGUCAAUGUUGUUGGCGAUCCCCACUGCCAGGGCGCUUGUUAA